AUGGCCCACAACGGAAACCAGUUCACCCAGGGACAGGAGCCCACGGCUGCGGCCCCUACGCCCUCACCAGCUCUCGAUGACGAGAUGCUCGAAGGAAGUGGUUCGGAUUCUGACUCUUCAGAUGACGAGAACAACGACACGAACCAGGCCGAGGACGACGCAGCACUUCGAACGGUAUUCGAAGCCGGACUUAAGGACAAUGUCAAAGACGGUCUUGUGCACCACGACAAACCCGACACACUUCAUAAGCUAGUCGAGCUAGCCACCCGAAUCGACAACCAACUGUGGGAACGAGCCCAGCAAAAGGGACGAUUUCAGCCUACAGUGGCCAACAUGAAGAAACAGCGAAACCGCACAGACAGGGACGGUGACACCGUCAUGACCAGUAAAGUCCAAGACAAGAGACACUUCCGCAGAGAUUGCCCGAAGAACGAAACCAGCAAGCAGGCAAUAGUCAAGGUCAAGAUGAUCAGACUAUCCACGCCAUACCCCAGACACGAUCUCACGUUAGAGGACAAUCUUAGCGAUGUAGACCUCUAUAACGAGGCACGAAGAGCCACUAGCCCAGAAUACGUAGUCAUCCCCAAACUAGCCCAACCAAGUAUCGAAUGGGACGUACCCCAGGCGGAGGACUAG